GGUUUUGGCUAUCAAAGGCUUAAGCUCACUUGAACCACUCUGAAGAGAUUUCUUCUCGCCCUUCAUUCAAUUCCUCCGUCCCUCCUUCAUCCUUCUUCCACAAACUCACUUUGUUCUCUUUGCCCCACCACGAAAAACCCCACCACGAAAUCCAUAUCAUCUCAACAACCCCAACUUCACCAUGUCUCCAGCUGCUAUGAGCAACGGCUCUGGGAACGGAAAUGGCACUCUCAAGGCCACGGCCAGGUCGUUCCAUCCCACGGGCACUCCAGAUCCCUCGCGCUAUCACGCGAGCUCGUCCAAGGAAGCCAUGACUUCAGAGGCGGUACAUGCAGCCCACAACUACCAUCCCUUGCCCAUAGUAUUCUCCCGUGCAAGCGGUUGCUCGGUGUGGGACCCCGAAGGCAAGCACUACCUCGACUUCCUCUCCGCCUACAGCGCCGUGAACCAAGGCCAUUGCCACCCUGAACUCGUGAAAGCCCUGGUAGAGCAGGCCUCGAGGUUGACGCUGAGCAGCCGGGCUUUCUACAACGAUGUCUUCCCCCGUUUCGCCGAAUUCGUCACCAAGAUGUUCGGAUUCGACAUGGUGCUACCGAUGAACACUGGCGCAGAGGCCGUAGAGACAGCAGUCAAGAUUGCACGGAAGUGGGGAUACAAAGUGAAGGGAAUUCCGGACAACGAGGCAUUGGUGUUCAGUGUGCAGGAGAACUUCCACGGACGAACUUUCGCCGCUAUUACCAUGUCCACUGACCCGGAAUCGCGCGACAACUAUGGCCCAUACCUGCCAGGCAUUGGGAGCUUCGACCCUACCACCAAGGCACCAAUCCGCUACAACAACGUGGAAGAUCUACGCAAAGUGCUCGAGACACACGGCAAGAAGACGGCCGCCUUCCUCGUCGAGCCAAUCCAAGGUGAAGCCGGCAUCGUCGUGCCAGACGACAGCUACCUCCGCGAAGUUCGCGCUCUUUGCGACGAGCACAACGUCCUCCUCAUCAUCGACGAGAUCCAAACCGGCAUCGCGCGAACAGGCAAGCUCCUCUGCCACGAGUGGAGCGGCAUCAAGCCCGACCUAGUCCUGCUCGGCAAAGCCAUCUCAGGCGGCAUGUACCCCGUAUCCUGCGUGCUCGGCUCCAAGGAAGUCAUGCUCACCAUCGAGCCCGGCACCCACGGCUCGACGUACGGCGGCAACCCUCUCGGCUCCGCCAUCGCCAUCCGCGCCCUCGAGCUCAUCGACGAAGAGAACAUGGUCGAGCGCGCCGAGGCCAUGGGCCAGCGGUUCCGCGAUGGCCUGCAGAAACUUAACAGCCCGAUGAUCGCGCUCAUCCGCGGCAAGGGGCUGCUCAACGCCAUCGUCAUCGACGAGAGCAAGACGAACGGCCACUCGGCGUGGGACCUAUGCAUGCUCUUCAAGGAGAAGGGCCUCUUGGCCAAACCGACCCACCAGAACAUUAUCCGCCUCGCGCCGCCGCUGGUUAUCACCGAGGAGGAGAUCCAGAGCGCGCUGGACAUCAUCCGUGACGCUAUGCUCGAGCUGCCGGAGCUGAAGGGCAAGAAGGAGGCGGAGAUUCUGCCGGAGGGAGAGAAGAACGUGCAUAUCGGUGUCGACAACUAAAAGGGUAUAUCCACUGGUGAGUCGAUAAUAAUUCAGGCUUUCGGGUCUUUCAUGUGCGGUGUACGUGGGUUUUCAUAAAACUGCAUUUUCUUUGGUCAAGGAGAUCCAUGAGGCAAUUUGCAUGGUGAGGAAGACUACUGGGAAAUGGAGACGGCUGCAUGAUGCGUUCACGGCUAUACUGUAUAGAUAAUGAUACCACGAAAAGGGAGCAGCAGACUGGACGUCCUGGAGUAAUGGUAUCCACACAAGGCCUUUGAUGCUAACAAGAUCAUGUCGAAUGCUUUCUUGGUUGGUUUUGUGAGUCAAAGUGACAGUUGCGAGUACGUGUCAUGAGUGAAAGAAGUCAUCAGGGGCCGUCCGUUUUUCGAAAUAAAUUUAUUUCGUCUCAA